AUGUCCCGUGACCAACCCCGGGAGCUGCGGCGGCGGCGCCGCCAUUUUGUGCUGAAGCUGCUUCAGGAUGGAUUCGAAACGCGAGCUGGAGCUGCCCGCCGCAUCCCGAGCCUUCAGACUCACCGCACGGCCACGGAGCGCCGCUCCACACUCCCCUCCGCACCGCAGGCGGCGCUGAACGGCUUCAUGGAGCACAGCGGUCGCGAACGCGCCGGCCACGGCUUGGGAUGGGCCCGGCUGGGCCUGGCCGCGGCCUGGCCGAAACUGGCGGGGCCCAGCGCGGCCCCCGCCGGCGGCUCGUCGCAGGCGAGCCCGCCCUUCUCCUUGCUGCGCGUGGUGUCGCAGCUGCUGUCGCCGCUGCCCGCCCUCCUGCAGCGGCUGCUGCCCGGCGCCGCGCUGAGCUCCGCGCUGUGCCCCGCCAAGGCACCGCUGCCGCUGGUGCUGCUGCCCAAGGCGGACACCUCGCUGGACUGGACCGAGGAGGAAGCCCCGGAGAAGCGGCCGGAGAGCGGCCCCGAGCCGCCGGCGGGGCUGUGGGGAGCCGGGCCGGUGCGGGGCAGCAUGGGGACCCUUCCCAUGGAUUACUGGUACGUGCUGGGCUUGGAGCAGGGCAGGAGCCACUUUCCGCAGCCCCUGCGAGCCGAGGGCUUGCCCGAGGUUGAGUUCUUGCGCAGCAAGCGCCUGGCGUUCCUCCAGCCUGGGCGUCUGCCCGUGCCCGACCCUGACCACGGCUACCACAGCCUGGAGGAGGAGCAGCAGCAGCAGCACGGGGAUGGCCGCCGAGAAAUCGGCAAUGCUGGGGAUUUGGAGCUGCCCGAGGAUUCGGGGACACAGCCCGGAGGUGUCCCCGGGGAGCCGGAGACGCUCCGGGAUGCGGCUGAGGAAAGGGAAGCCUUGGCCGAAGAGGAAGGUGAGGACUCGGAAACCGAGCAAAGCUUCCCAAUUUCGGCCAGACCCGCGUGCGCGAAUAAAUUAAUCGAUUAUAUCAUCGGGGGAGUAUCCAGUGGGGAGGAGAGUGAGGAUGAGGAAGACUGGGAUGAUGAUGAUGGUGAUGAUGAAGAAGGUGAUGACGGGUUUGACAGCGAAGAGCUGCCCUCGGACUCGGACGCCGGCAGCCAGGACGGGGAGAGGCUCCAUCUGUGGAAUUCCUUCUACAGCUUGGAUCCCUACAACCCUCAGAACUUCACAGCCACCAUCCAGACGGCUCCCAGCGAGCCGGGAAAGGGAAUGUCGGACAUGGAGGAGGAGGAGGAGGAGGAAGGCUCAUGGGCAGAGUCCUCCGAGGCCUCUCCCAGUUCCGAGGAGGACGAGUGGGACUGCGACAACAGCGGGGAUGAGGGGGAAAACUUAAAACUCUGGAACUCGUUCUGUAGCUCGGACGAUCCCUAUAACCCUUUGAAUUUCACGGCGGCCUUUCAGACAGCGGAGAAAAAAAGAACAGAGAGGCCGAGCCCUGUCAGCCCCGAGCACCUCGGCGUGUGCAGGGCCCAGCUGGAAAAACACAACCGCGGGGACACAACCGCCACUUCCAAGCGGAAAAAGGUGACAUUCCUGGAUCAGGUGACCGAAUAUUACAUCAGCAGCGAGGAGGACAGGAAAGGACCUUGGGAAGAGCUGGCCCGGGAUGGCUGCAGAUUCCACAGGAGGAUCCGGGACACCGAGGAAGCCAUCGGCUACUGCCUGAGGCCAGAGCACAGGCUGCGAGUGUUCCAGAGCAUCCACGGCUCCCAUCCCCAAAGCACCGAGCCCUUCUAGAACCUUCCAGCAA